AUGUUGUAUUGUGUGGACACCGAUACCAAUGCUUACGUAAGUUUCACUUACAUGAGACCAACCUUAUUAUUGUCAGCUGUAUCCGGUGAUGCUGCGCAAGAUCGAAUGGAUCGAACUGUGUUGAGUCCUUGGUUGCGUUUUCUAUGGGAUUCUUAUCGAAACUGUCUUGAUUUAUUAAGAAAUACUGCUGUGGUUGAACAAUUGUAUCAUCGUAUUGCCCGACAGUCAUUUGAGUUCUGCGCCAAGUAUCAGCGGCGAACGGAGUUUCGUAAACUAUGUGAUAAUCUUCGAUUACAUUUGACGCAAAUUCAAAAGCAUCAGCAUUUGGCUCAUGUGGUGAAAUUAACAAGUGCAGAAUCUUUGACUUUAAUGCAAGAUACGCGUUUAAUACAAUUAGAUACAGCAAUACAAAUGGAAUUAUGGCAAGAAGCAUAUAGAAGUGCAGAAGAUGUUCAUGGCAUGAUGCAAUUAAGCAAAGAUAAGGAUGAACGCAUGGUUAAGCCAGCAAGUUAUGUCAAUUACUACGAUAAGCUUGCGCUAGUGUUUUGGAAGGCUGGUAACAGACUGUUCCAUGCAGCUGCGCUUCUUCAGAAAUAUAUCAUCUAUAAAGAUAUGAAAAAAACAUUUAGUAUGGAAGAGGCAAUGGAUCAAGCAACGCGUGUUCUUCUAGCAACACUUGCAAUACCAGACGGCGCUGAUGAUCCGUCUGACUUAACGCGCCAUUUGGAUAUUGAGGAGCAACACAUUGCAAAUAUGCGACUGUUGUCGAAUCUUCUUCGUUUACCAGUAGCGCCAACAAGAGCUGGGAUUUUGAAAGAGAUCACUCGUUUGAAUUUGCCGGAUGUUGCUGUGGAAAGUGCGCGUGCUCUACAUCGAUUAUUGGAGUGUAAUUUUACACCUCUGCGUCUUGCAAAUGAGAUUCAAACGGAACUAAUAAAAGUAGCUGAACUGAACAAAGCUGAAUACAAUCAAUAUAUUGAAGCAUUGAAGGGCGUAACAGCUACAAAAAUUAUAAAGCAGAUUUCAGUCAUUUAUGAUACGCUUUCAAUUGAGCGUAUCCAGAAAGUUAUUCCAUUUUAUAAUGGUGAUGAGCUAGAACGUUUCUUGGUGGAUAUAGCAAAACAUCGGUAUGUCAGAGCUCGCAUUGAUCAUCGUGCUGGUUCAAUUCACUUUGGGGCAGCCGAUGCUACACUUUCUGGAUUUUUCGACUUGGAAGUAUCAGAUGGUUUUGGUGGUGAAGCGGAGCAGGUAGCAGUCGAAGAUAUUCGAAAUCACCUUCAAUCAAUGUAUAAUAGUCUACGAGACGUUGUUCAAGUCCUUGAUUACGAAGAAAUUAAGAAGGCCGCUACUGAAGACCUAAAGCGUCAUGCGGAGAUAUAUUCAUAUCACAAAGAUGCUGAUUACGAACGGAUACUCUUGCGAAGGAAGAAAAUUGAAAGUUAUAAGGAAACUAGCGAACGACAAAAAUUGGAGAAAUGUCAACAAGCGCAAGCGGAAGCUAAUAGGAAGGAAGAGCAGAGAAGAGCUGAAGAAAUGCGCCGUUUGGAGCAGGAAAAUAUCGAAAAGGAAAAACUGAGAAGACUUGCUGAGCAGGAGGAGAUUGAUCGUAAAGUGCGGGCAGAAAAAAUGAAAAAAAUUCAAGCAACUCCGAUAUAUCAGGCUAUUGUAAAAGAUCACGGCGAAGAAGCUUUCCAAAACAUGGAUCCUGACUCAGUGCUUCGUGAGCAGCGUGACCGUUUGGAUGAACAGCGUCGUGAACAGCAAGCCCGUUUACAGCAACAAGAAAAGAAAUUUGAUCAUCUUGUCCGUGCUUAUCAUCUGCAGGAAAUGAUAGCACGUAAGGCUAUUUCGGAUAAUUUUGCGACGAAGGCUCCACAAAAUCAUGAUGCUUAUGAGAAACGUCGUAUUGAAGGCGCAACCAAAGAACAUGAAAAUGCAGUCGCUGUGUAUGAGCGCAUGCAAAAAGUACGUAAGGAUCCAGAUGCGGCUGCAUUCCUUGAAUCAGUUAAGAAGGCACGUGCUGAAGAUUUCAAUAAAAAAAUGGAGGAUUGGGAGAAGAAAUUGCAUGAUGAAAAACGAAAACGCCUUGAAGAACGCCAUGAACUUCGAAAGAAAGAGCGAAGGAGAGAGUGGCUUCAGGAGCGUGAAAGAGAGUUGAUGAAGGCUAGGGAAGCGGCAGAGCAAGCAAGGAGGGAAGAACAGGAGAAAGAACGAAGAGCAGCUCGUGAAGCACAACGACCUCCUAAACGAGAAAUAGUUGAAAAUUCGGACAUGGAUUCCGAUUGGCGUAAAAGUGCACAGCCAACGCAAAUUCGAUCUGCUUCUUCAAAAUCUUUUGGAGAACGUUUCUUGGAAGGUGAACGCCAUCGCGAAUCUAUUGCAGUUACUGCUUCCGAAACUGAUAGUGGACCAUGGGUACGUGGAAAUAUGACUGGAUUGUCAAGACAACAAGAUAGCUCGGCGCGUAAUUUUGAACGUCCAUCAGCACCAUCUCGCUUCUCUGAUCGAGAACCGUUACGUAGCGAAGCAGAUACAACGACAAGUUGGAGGAAAGGACAAGUAGUACAACGCGACAGAGAACAAGCUGUUGGACAACAAUCACUCAUGGAAAAACGUGGAGAACCACUCGGUGCGCAGCCGCAUGAUGCGAAAGCUGUAACUACUUCUUCUCCAGCUGAUGCAGGACCAUGGAGACGAGGGAUGACUGUAACGCGUGAUCAGGCCGAUUCAUCACAACGGACAUCUGCAGCAGCUCCCACAAAUCAACCGUGGCGCCCUUCAAGGUUCCGUCAAGCAGAUGGUGCAGCUGUAAAUGGUGCUCCAUCUGGAAGAAUAUUAGAAGGAAGUGGUAGUAAUGAACCAAAUACAGGUAAAUGGAAUCGAUCUAUCCAACGUACCGGUGAUGGUCACGGUACACAAUCUUUUCGUGGUUUAUCUCAGCAUCAGCAACGCAGAGGAGCAGCUGACGACGAUCGUAAUUGGCGUCAAAAAUGA